AUGAACAUAAACAACAACUACCUAGAAAGCACCUCACAGAUAUCCCUGCCUACAACAUACUGGUGGAAAACAAAAAACAUCUCAAAACAGGUGUGCAGACAAACGAAAUACAAUGCAAACUGUACAGCAUAUUGUGAUGCAUUCAUUAACUGUAGCGGGCACGGGCGGUGCAGGGGAGUAGACGGGAGGUGCGAGUGUCUGGCGGGCUGGGCGGGAGAGCGAUGUAACAGAACGUUUGCUCGGCAGCCUGCGGAGGCCGGGACGACCUGCAGCGGGCACGGGCGGUGCAGGGGAGUAGACGGGAGGUGCGAGUGUCUGGCGGGCUGGGCGGGAGAGCGAUGUAACGACGUGUACGGAGGGAACUGCUCGGCAGCCUGCAAGGCCGGGACGACCUGCAGCGGGCACGGGCGGUGCAGGGGAGUAGACGGGAGGUGCGAGUGUCUGGCGGGCUGGGCGGGAGAGCGAUGUAACGGAACUGCUCGGGCAGCCUGCGAGGCCGGGACGACCUGCAGCGGGCACGGGCGGUGCAGGGGAGUAGACGGGAGGUGUAAAUGCUUCCCAAGCUGGGCGGGAGAGCGAUGUAACGUGUCGGCGGGGGCGGCGGGGAGCGGGAGCUGCGGGGAGGGCUUCGCGGGGCCAGGGUGCCGGGCCUGCUCGCAGGACGUGUACGGAGGGAACUGCUCGGCAGCCUGCGAGGCCGGGACGACCUGCAGCGGGCACGGGCGGUGCAGGGGAGUAGACGGGAGGUGCGAGUGUCUGGCGGGCUGGGCGGGAGAGCGAUGUAACGUGUCGGCGGGGGCGGCGGGGAGCGGGAGCUGCGGGGAGGGCUUCGCGGGGCCAGGGUGCCGGGCCUGCUCGCAGGACGUGUACGGAGAGAACUGCUCGGCAGCCUGCGAGGCCGGGACGACCUGCAGCGGGCACGGGCGGUGCAGGGGAGUAGACGGGAGGUGCGAGUGUCUGGCGGGCUGGGCGGGAGAGCGAUGUAACGUGUCGGCGGGGGCGGCGGGGAGCGGGAGCUGCGGGGAGGGCUUCGCGGGGCCAGGGUGCCGGGCCUGCUCGCAGGACGUGUACGGAGAGAACUGCUCGGCAGCCUGCGAGGCCGGGACGACCUGCAGCGGGCACGGGCGGUGCAGGGGAGUAGACGGGAGGUGCGAAUGCUCGAGGCUGGGCGGGAGAGCGAUGUAA